GUGCUCUCCAGGAGGAACGUGUGUAUCUGAGACGUUCGGGUCCUUCCUCAAUCUUAAGGUAGCAAGUUAAAAGUUUUUUCCGCUUCAUCUCAUCCUCCUUGUCUUACUAAUUGGAGAGCGGAAGGAUGAAUCAACGCUGCUAUUUGUUGGCUUCAUCUGCCUUACCCUAACGUGAGGACCGUUGACCUUUAACCCAAGGUGGCGGCGCCAGGAGCCGUCGUUCUUGCUGUGGACCUGAGAUGAUCUAAGGCCGGGAACUCCGCCUCAUGUCGAAGCUAAGCAGGGCCACUCGGGCCCUCCGGAAGCCCGAGGCCGGCGGGGUGAUCCGGGCCAUCGUGCGGGCAGGCCAGGCCAUGCCCGGGCCCCCACUAGGCCCCGUCCUGGGUCAGCGAGGCGUUUCCAUCAACCAGUUCUGUAAGGAGUUCAACGAGAAGACCAAGGACAUCAAAGAAGGCAUUCCUCUGCCUACCAAGAUUUUUGUGAAGCCUGACAGGACAUUUGAAAUCAAAAUUGGCCAACCCACUGUUUCCUACUUCCUGAAGGCAGCUGCUGGGAUUGAGAAGGGGGCCCGGCACACAGGGAAAGAGGUGGCAGGCCUAGUGACACUGAAGCACGUGUAUGAGAUCGCCUGUGUCAAAGCUCAGGAUGACGCCUUCGCCCUGCAGGAUGUGCCCCUGUCCUCUGUUGUCCGCUCCAUCAUUGGUUCUGCCCGUUCCCUGGGCAUUCGUGUGGUGAAGGACCUCAGUUCAGAAGAGCUGGCAGCUUUCCAGAAGGAGCGAGCCCUGUUCCUGGCUGCUCAGAAAGAGGCAGAUUUGGCAGCCCAGGCAGAAGCUGCCAAGAAGUGACCCCUGUCCCCCACCCUCCAGGAUUUUGAAGGGAGCCAGUUGGGAAGGCUGGGCCAGAGGGGAGGAAGGGAGGUCACAUCAACCUGAUUAUAUUUUUCUGACUUUAAAUUAUGUAUUUUUGCACGUGUGGUUAUAGCAAAGGAUCAAGUGUGAAUAAACAUCUCUUGUCACCCA